UGCAAAGUACCCGUGAUAUUCUUUUACAAUCUACUAUCUACACAGCGAUAUUUUCAAACAGAUAAUUUUCUGAUAAUAUUUCUGUACAUUUUUGAGCUCAAAUCUGCUCUAUAUCACAAGAUAUUAGGAGAUAAUAAAUAAUUCUGGUGAGUUUGAAGUGAAGAUUUGUUUUAGAUAUUGUUCGAACAGCGAGAUUAAGUUCAUUUUACAAAUUAUCAUCUAGGUUUAUAUUUCAAGAAGGUAAAGUAAGUUGACCAGAUGGCAACUAGACAAGUUUUGCUACUAUCUAACUCAAAGCUACAUGGUCAAGACUUUUUUGAAUGGUGUUCUGAUUUCUUUCCUUCAUUCUUAUCAAAGAACAAUGUAAAGAAGCUUUUGUUUAUUCCGUAUGCUGUGAGAGAUCAUGACGACUACUUAAAUAAAGUAGAAGGCCCUUUUAUGAAACUGGGGUUUCAAGUUGAAAGCAUUCAUAACAAACCAGACCCAGGUUUAGCAAUCAGUGAAUGUGAUGGGAUCUUUGUUGGUGGUGGGAAUACUUUUUUGUUGUUGAAAACUUUGUAUGAAAAGGAUUUGAUCGAACCCAUUAGGACAGCUGUUUUCAAAAAAGGUAUUCCCUACAUCGGCUCUAGUGCUGGUACAAAUGUUGCAACAAGAAGUAUUAGUACAACCAAUGACAUGCCCAUCUGUUUUCCACCAACUUUAGAAGCAUUGAAAUUAGUACCAUUUAAUAUUAACCCUCAUUACAUAGAGGCUGAUCCUAACAGCAAACAUAUGGGGGAGACUAGAGAAGAUAGAAUAAAAGAAUACCUUAAUGAACCUGGAUCUGCACCUGUUUUGGGUCUCAAAGAAGGGAGUGCUUUGUUGGUUGAAAAUGAUAAGGCUACUUUAAUGGGUCAUCAAGCUGCAAAGCUUUUUCAGAAAAAUAAAGAUCCUGUGGAAUUCAACUCUGGUGAUGAUCUUAGUUUUCUGCUCUUACAUGAUUUUUGAGGUAAGAAAAUGACAAAAUCAAAAGUUUCAGACAUGAGGAAUAGAGCUUAUGAGCCCGCAGUUGCCUUAUCCUGAUUUGUCAUCUUAAACAAAGCAAAAUGUAUUGUUGGUGUGAAGGAAUAAAUAAUUGCCUGAUUGAAUAGUUAAAUGUGAAAUAAAAAAUUGUGUGAAAAGUUAUGUACACCAUUUAAAUAUUAAAAUAACAGCACAUUUUAAAAGUUA